AUGCAUUAUGAAAUUGAAGCUAAUAACCAACUUAUUAUGAGCUUAUCCGUUCGUUUCCACAAGACAAAUGCUGGAUUAAGACUUUCACCAACAUUUGUUGAUUUGAUAAUGUGGACAGAUGUUGCAAAGUCGAGCCUUUGGUUUGGUCUUGGAUGUUUAUGUUUCUUGUCUUCUUGUUUUACAAAAGGAGUCAGCUUUAGCAUCUUUUCAGCGAUUUCACAACUUGGUCUUCUAUUCUUGGGUGCUUCAUUCUUCUCAAAUUCAAUUUUGCAAAGAAAUAAAGAUGAAAAGAAGCGUGAGUUUAAGCUGAAAGAAGAGGACAUUUUGAGAUUUGGUAGACUAAUUCUUCCAGCCACAAACCUUGCAAUUUCAAAGACAAGAGAUCUUUUCUCAGGAGAGCCAUUAGCGACCCUCAAAGUAGUUCCAUUUUUGCUUCUAGGAGCUGAGUAUGGCCAUAUUAUAACAAUGCGGAAGGCUUUUUGCUCUUGGGUUUUUUUUAUCUCAUAAUGAGCAGUAUUGGGCACUUUCUUGUUGCUGAGUUUGGCUCAUUGGCAUAUCCUUUUACAAAAGAUAAAAUCAAGGAACUGAAAGAUGAAGAGGAG